UGACUUGUUCCAUUGCUGCAGCAGACAACUCAUCGGGAACCGGUUGUACUCUAGUAUCACUACACGAGUACAAUAGAGAUCCGCGGAGAUGAGGCCUGUGGAGGCACCUGGCGGGGUUCAGGCAAACCACUAGGAGAGUCGUUCUUCUCUACACACGUGUGGGUAACAUUCCAUCUCUCACAUGCCUCCAGGGUCUGGUUACUCUGAAAAGAAGAGGAUCCUGGGGUAAGAGAUACACAGAGACCCCUGGGGCUGUGAGCUGGAUGUGGAGCCUAUCUCACAAUUGGUUUGGGAGGUCUGGAAAUCCCAGCAAACUGUACAGAGAGAAAAGCCUAUCUUGAGCUGAGAAUUCAUCAUGAGUGAAUCAGCCAGGAGGAGGACAACUCACCUUUCAGAAACCAGGCUUGCCUGUCAGCCCUGGCAGGGAUAUUCUGUGUGCCUCCAGCAAUCUUUGUGGUGACUUCAAGCAGAGGCAGGUGUUGACCUGAGAAUUCUGUGUCAGCUUCCUGAGGCCUCUUCCACCAUGCAGAGGCUGAUGAGGCUCCAAGUCCUCUGGGGCAUCCGCAAAUCCUACCAUGGCUUUCACCCUGCCCCUUGGUACCUUUGUUGCCGGUCUUUAUCAGGAGCUGGAACCCUGAGAUGGAAUGACUACGAUAGACCUAAGGAAUUUAACUUUGCAAGUGAUGUCCUGGACUAUUGGACUCAAAUGGAACAGGAGGGCAAGAGAGGUCCAAAACCAGCCCUGUGGUGGGUGAAUAAUCAAGGUGAUGAAGUGAAGUGGAGUUUCAGAGAGAUGACAGACUUAUCCCGCCGUGCAGCCAACGUCUUCACCCAGACCUGCGGCCUGCAGCAGGGAGACCGUCUAGCCUUGAUCCUGCCUCGAGUGCCCGAGUGGUGGCUGGUGGUCAUAGGCUGCAUCCGAGCAGGAAUAAUCUUCAUGCCAGGAACCACCCAGAUGAAAGCCAAGGACAUUCUCUACCGAUUACAAGUGUCUAAAGCCCAGGGCGUCAUGACCACAGAUACCCUUGCCCCAGAGGUGGAUUCCCUAGUUUCUGAGUGUCCUGCUCUGAAAACAAAGCUCCUGGUGUCUGACCAUAGCCGUCAUGGGUGGCUGGACUUCCGAUCGCUGAUUAAAUCAGCAUCCCCAGAUCACACCUGUAUUAAGUCAAAGACGCUGGACCCAAUGGCCAUCUUCUUCACCAGUGGGACAACAGGCCUUCCCAAGAUGGCGAAACACAGUCAUGGACUUGCCUUGCGAUCCUCUCUGCCUUCAUGCAGGAAAUUUCUACAACUGAAGACAUCUGAUGUCUUGUGGUGCAUUUCGGACCCAGGCUGGAUUCUGGCUGUCUUGGGGUGCCUGUUUGAACCAUGGACAUCAGGGUCUACACUCUUCAUCCAUCAUCUGCCCCAGUUUGACCCCAAGGUCAUUCAACAGGUAAGAAGACAAACCUUCCACUAUCAACAAACUCCUAGAAGAAACUCAUGUUUCAAACUCAAAAGCUGGCCUGCUGAGAAAUAUUUUAUUUAGCAAAAAGUCUCAUUA